AUGAUCCUGACCGCGCUACUCGUGGGAACGUUCGUGUUCCUGGUCGUCAGCCAUCUCAUCGAACGGCGAAAAUUAAAGAAGAUGGCUAAACACUUCCCAGGCUCGAAACCGUUGCCCAUCGUGGGAAAUUUGCUGGAGUUUGCCUUCCUGGACAUCCCUGGUGUCUUCGAGAAGGUGGUCGAGCUGCACCAGAACUAUGGCAAAGAUAUCAUAAUGUGGUCACUAUUCAACUGGACCGUCAUCUUGAUGACGAGCCCCAAGAACGUGGAGAAGGUACUGCUGGCGAAAAAGACACAAAAAUCGUUGAUAUACGAGUUCAUCGAGCCAUGGCUAGGCAGAGGUUUGCUAAUUUCAAGCGGUGAGAAGUGGUUCCAGCGGCGCAAGAUCAUCACCCCGACCUUCCACUUCAAGAUCCUGGAACAAUUCAUCCGAUCGUUUAACACGGAAUCGGAUACCAUGGUGAAGCUGCUCCGGAAGCACGUCAAUGGAAAGGAGUUCGACAUCUACGACUACGUGACACUGAUGGCGUUGGAUAGUAUCUGCGAGACAUCGAUGGGUACAACGGUCGAUGCACAACACAAUCCUAACAAUCAGUACGUCCAGAACGUUAAAAGGAUGGCCGUUCUGGUAUUGCUUCGUACGAUCAGCCUUCUUGGACCGUACGCAACGCUGUACAACGUGUUGCAUCCGAAUGCUUGGGAGCAGCGGCGCGUUAUAAAGCAGCUACACAACUUCACCGAUUCCGUUAUUCGCAGCCGUAGACAGCAGCUGGCUAACACCAAGGCGGAAAACAUUAACUUCGAUCUGAACGAGGAGAAUCUGUACUCGAAGCGGAAGCUCACCUUCCUCGAUCUGUUACUCAACGUGAACGUCGAUGGAAAGCCGUUGAGCGAUCUCGAUAUUCGCGAAGAAGUUGAUACCUUCAUGUUUGAGGGCCACGAUACGACCACCAGUGGCAUCUCGUUCACGAUCUAUGAGCUGGCACGCAAUCCGGAUAUACAGGAGCGUGUAUACGAGGAGAUCGUUUCCGUUCUCGGGCCGGACCACAAGACGGCAGAGCUGACCUACCAAAACUUGCAGGAGUUCAAGUAUCUCGAUCUAGUGGUGAAGGAGAGCCUCCGGAUGUAUCCACCCGUGGGUAUCAUUGGUCGUGCUUUGGUAGAGGACUUGGAGAUGAAUGGAACCAUUGUGCCGGCCGGGCAGAACAUUCUCGUUCCAAUCUACGUGAUCCAUCGCAAUCCCGAGAUCUACCCGAAUCCGAAUAAGUUCGAUCCGUCCCGUUUCUCCGAGGAAGCCGAAUCGAAACGGGGACCCUUCGACUAUCUGCCGUUCAGUAUAGGCGCCAGGAAUUGCAUCGGUCAGCGGUACGCGCUGAUGGAGAUGAAGGUCUCCCUGAUCAAGCUAAUCGCCAAUUAUCGCAUUCUGCCAGGGGAAUCGUUGAAAAAGCUGCGUAUCAAAACCGAUCUCGUGCUGCGUCCUGACAUUGGCAUUCCGGUGAAGAUUGUUCAGAGGGAUUAG